GGCUGGUGGCACCCAGGUUCUGUGCUGCUUUCCAGCAGCUCCCGAGCUCGCCGGGCAGCCAGCGCACCAGCCAGCGUUACAGGGGCAAAAGGGGAGGAAGGUGAUGACAACCAAUCAGGGUGGCCCGUUCCCUCGAGACGUCAUAAUCACAAACAAUCCCCAGAACCUGCAGCAGCAAUAACAAUAACAGACUGUGUCAGCUGCUGGUCAGUCGGCGGUGCGUACGUGGCCACAGUCCGCAGCAGCUGCUCCCGCCAGCGGCGUCGGGGGAGAGCAGGCAGCGAGGGCGGGCUGAAAAUAGAAACGCUCCUGCCUAGAAGAAACUAGAGGCAAUGUCGCAGGGCGAGGGACCCAGCCUACAAGAGGAGAAUUUGCACGGGUCCUGGGUGGAACUGCACUUCAGCAGUAAUGGCAAUGGUAACCCCGUCCAGCCAACAAGCCACGAGCAAGUACCAGACUCUAUUUCUAUUUACAAUGGUGACAUGGAGAAAAUACUCCUAGAUGCGCAGCAUGAAUCCGGAAGAAGCAGUUCAAGAGAAAGCUCCCGCUGCGAUAGCCCUCCUCGUUCCCAGACACCUCAGGACAAUAACAGAGCUUCUGAAGUGGAGACUCACAGCAGUGGAGAAAAGAAUAGCUCUCAGUCUGAAGAAGAUUUUCUUGAAAGAAGAAAAGAAAUAGAAAGGCUCUUGCAGAAAAAUUCAGACUGGAUAUGGGAUUGGUCCAGUAGGCCUGAGAACAUCCCACCAAAGGAAUUUCUCUUUAAACACCCUAAGCGUACUGCCUCUCUCAGCAUGAGAAACACAAGCAUGAUGAAGAAAGGGGGCAUAUUCUCAGCAGAAUUUUUAAAGGUUUUCCUUCCAUCUCUGCUUCUCUCUCAUUUGCUUGCCAUAGGGCUAGGGAUUUAUAUCGGAAGACGUCUGACAACCACAACUACAACCAGCACCUUUUAAAGGAAGAAUAAAAUUUGGUCAGGCUCAAAGCAGUGAGAAUAUCCAUCUGGGAACACAAAUGGUGAAUGGCAGGAACUUCUGAGCUUGUGAUAGCUACAGGACCUUGCUGUUUGUUCUGUAAACAUGUUCCUAAUUUAGUAGUAGAUGGGGGACAAGAAAUACUGAAGCCAAGCUAUCAUGUAUAAUGUUUUAGAUCAAUUUAUAAAGCAUGUUUCAGAUUAAUAUCUGCUGUAAUGCUUGGUAGUGAAAUAUCAUUGAAAAUUUAAAAGACCCUCAGUGUUAAUAAACAAACUCUUAGCUUUCUUGUACUGUUGUGAUGCAGCUAGGAAUUCAUCUAAACCAUUAUUUCUUUAUAUUUCUGAAAAAGUGAAUAUUGUCAUUAUUAAGAUGUGGCCUUAUAUAUGCUAUUAGAGAAUCCUGUGACUUGAUUUCAGGUGACUCAUUUUCUUAAGGUUUUGAUUAGCUCUUCUGCAUAGGGGAGACACCAAAUGUUAAGACACUCUCUAGAUGCUCAGCUGGUACAUACAGUGUAGCUUCAGUGGAACUAUGUUAACUUACAGCAGCUCAGAAUUUGGUCUACAAGAGCCUCAAUUAAAAUUUGGGCCUCAGUGCCGAACAAAUUAUUUCCUUUUGCAGUGCUCUUUAUUGUUUGUCAUUUAAAAUUCCUCUUGUUCUAUAUUCUUGCAAAAUAUGGCUUUAAAACAAAGUAUUUUUUGAUUUGAUGACAGAAAAAGUGCAUUUCCAUCCUAAAUUGGCCUACUUAUUUCCCUUAUAAAUGUUAAGGAACAGCAUACUUGCUUAUUUAGGUAUACUAAUGGAACUCAUUUUGAUUCAGGAAUUUAAUCUUACUGUAAUAAGGAAAAAGGAGAUUGAUUUUUUUGUGUGCCAAAUUCAUAGGUCUUAUGUAUUUUUUAAUAAAAACUUGUGGAUUCACAGUUGUUUCCCCUUUUUAAAAAAUAUUUCAAACCAAUUUCUGAAAGCUGUUUAAAAGGCAAGUGCUCUCUUUUGGACCAUUUCACUGGGUUUAUUUUUUUCAUACCUAAUUCAUCUGUGUUAUCACAAAUAGCAAAGAAAGGUUUACUUAACAUGAUUUCAUGAUUCAUCCUUAGAUAUGAGUAACUCUGAACUACUAACUGAUUAAAAGAAAUUCCCAAGUGGAAAUAAUUGAAAGGCAUGGUCUUUCAUUAUACACACACACACAGGAUCUGCACAUACAGAUUUGACUUUGCUUUGUUUGUGAUAACAUCAUUGUUUAGAAAUAAAAUUUACUUUGAGUAUUGCCAAAUGAUAAGGAGAAAAUCAAACAGACUUAUCUUUUGUUCUUGGAAUGGAACUGAAAUUAACAUAGCUGUUUACAACAGCUCCAUGACUGUAUACAGUGGGCACCUGUGCUACCUCACUAUAUUUAUGCCCCAUCACCAAAAAUGUCAUCACAGUUAUAGGGAUAGUUUGCUGCUGCAAAGGCACGAAGUGGCACUCAUCACCUAGCCCCUGAUCUUGCAGACAGUUACACAUGUUUAUCUUUACACAUGAGUAGUCCUUUGGGGAUCAGUGAGACUCUACAUGUGUAUGAAUUUAAGUACAUGUAGGAUCAAGACCUGUUUUUUGUUUUUUUACAUUUUUCUUAAGGUUUCAACUGUGGAUUUCUAGGAUUUCUUUAUUUUCUGAAUAAUCUUUCCCAUCAAAUUGUAAAGCAUUUGAAAAUAGAUUUUGUUUGAAGCCUAAAACUCCUUACACAGUUUCACUCAUUAUAGCCCCAGAUGAGCUUUGUGUGGGCUGAUGCCUGCACCCAUGCAGAGUUCACUCCAUGAUUAGGAGCCAAAGUUUACUGACAGUUUUUAUUCAACAUCUCCUCUCCCCCCCACACCCCCGACAAAUAUUAUAGACAUUAUCUAGAUGUUUGAGUGGCUGUCAGAGCAAGUGUACAAGAAAAAUAAAUACAUUUUAGUGUAAAGACUUAACACCAAUUAUUUUUUGUAAUUUUUAAGAACAGAAGUGAGCACCAGUAGGGUUUGUUUUAAUUAUUAGUAGUAAAUAUCAAAUAAGUUUAUAUUCUUCAAACCUGCAGGGUUAGCUUUUUUCCCCCUAAAAUCAGUGUGUGUGCAUGUGUAUCACAUUUUUAUGUAACAAGCCUGUAGUACUGCCCUUUUUCCAUUGUGUUAGAUUGAUAUUUCUUGUUGCAUUGGAAGUUCCAUGUUUUUAAAUAUAUCCUGGUAUAAUUAGCGAUAUUUUAAAGAAGUUUAACAGAAGCUGUGAAAUGCAUUUGAGAGAGACUUCCUGGUAUCAUUGAAGUAAUAUUCAGUUAAACAUUACCAGAGUAGAUUGUGACAUGACUUGUAAGAAAAAUACUAACCAUUAAUAAAAGGAAGGAAAUA